GGAAAUGUAGAAUAUCCUCGCCGGCCACCGUAGCAUAGUGACAACACGGCAAAGCACUUUGGUCUGAGCUGUUAGCUUGAUUGAUAAGUAGCUCUGGAGCUCGUAUGUGCUCACAGCCAAGUUGUGAUACAGACAUUUGACGAUUUGAAGCUCAAACACCUGUAUAAAGGAUGAGGCUGAAGGAAAUCCAACGGACAGCCCACCAGGCGUGGAGUCCGGCCGGGCACCAUCCUAUCCACCUGGCCUUAGGAACAUCAGCACAACAGCUGGAUGCUUCUUUCAACACAACUGCAGCCAUAGAGAUAUUUGAGAUGGACUUUGCUGAUUCCUCUCUCGAAAUGCAGCUCAAAGGGUCAUUACCCACAGCAAACAGGCUGCACAGCAUUGUUUGGGUAAAUUUUGGAAUGGGAACGGAUGGCACUGGAGGGAGAAUCGUUGGUGGGAGCGAAAAUGGCACCAUGACCGUAUACAGCCCAGAGGCUAUUAUGACUUCUGGUGCAGAGGCAAUAGUGGGGCAGUCUGACAAACACACAGGGCCCGUUCGAGCACUUGAUUUCAACCCUUUUCAGAGCAAUCUUCUUGCAUCAGGAGCAAAUGAUUCCGAGAUCUAUAUUUGGGAUCUAAACAACUUCAGCAGCCCAAUGACUCCAGGAGCAAAAACACAGCCUGCUGAAGAUGUAAGUGUGGUGUCCUGGAACAGGCAGGUUCAGCACAUCUUGGCCUCUGCCAGCCCCAGUGGAAAAGCAGUUGUGUGGGACCUGAGAAAAAAUGAGCCUAUCAUAAAGAUCAGCGAUCACAGCAACAGGAUGCACUGUUCAGGGAUGCUCUGGCAUCCUGAUGUGGCCACUCAGUUAGUGUUGGCCUCUGAAGAUGAUCGGCUCCCAGUUAUCCAGAUGUGGGACCUCCGCUUUGCCACAUCGCCUCUUAAGGUUUUUGAGAACCACACACGGGGAAUUCUUUCAAUAUCCUGGAGCCAAGCUGACUCUGAGCUCCUGUUGAGUAGUGCUAAAGACAACCGGAUCCUCUGCUGGAAUCCAAACACUGGAGAGGUCAUUUAUGAGCUUCCAACAACCAACCAGUGGUGUUUUGAUGUCCAGUGGUGCCCCAGAAACCCAGCACUGCUUUCAACAGCAUCAUUUGAUGGGAGAAUAACAGUUUACUCUGUGAUGGGAGGGAGCCUAAAGGCUCAGCAACAAAGCACAGCUGAUAAGAUCUCCUCCUCGUUUGAUGCCAUGGAUCCCUUUGGAACAGGGCAGGUGCUGCCCCCCCUGCAGGUUCCUCAGCCUGCCGUGCAGGACACCAUCGUUCCUCCUCUAAAGAAGCCACCCAAGUGGGUCCGCAGGCCAGUUGGUGCUUCCUUUGCUUUUGGUGGAAAAUUGAUAACCUUUGAGAAUUCCAAGCUGCCUCCAGUUCAGAGCCCCCAACCCGUCCCCAGGCAAGUAUUUGUGAGCCAGGUUACCACGGAGACAGAGUUCCUUCAGCGCUCCAGGGAGCUGCAAGCAGCCCUGCAGUCGGGUUCCUUCAACAACUACUGUCAAGCCAAGAUUCAGAAUGCCAAAUCAGACGCUGAACAGGACAUAUGGAAGUUCCUACUGGUUAAUUUUGAGGAUGAAGCCCGCAUUAAAUUCCUCAAACUUUUGGGCUUUAGCAAAGAUGAGUUGGAGAGAAAGAUUUCCAAAUGCCUGGGGAAGAAUUUCCAGCCCAAUGGACACGGAGUAGACGCCAAAGAUCUCGCAGAGAAGAUGCAGCGGCUUUCCACCGAGAGGUCUGAUGAAGCAGCAACUGAUGCCAGAACCUCAGGCUCCGUUUCACCUGCAGACUUUUUUAGUCAGACCCCCAACGAAAGCUCGAACUUCCAGAUCCCUGUAUCAUGUGACGCUGAUGGUUUGAUAAGCCAGGCGCUGCUGGUCGGUAACUUUGAGGGAGCUGUGGAUUUGUGUCUGAAUGACGGCCGCUACGCUGAGGCCAUCCUGCUGUCCAUCAGCGGAGGAGAAGAACUGCUCAAGAAGACGCAGCAGAAGUACCUUAGUAAACAAAAAAACAGCAUUUCAAUGCUUAUAUCAUCAGUGGUGACCCAGAACUGGAGGGACAUUGUGCAAAGCUGUGAGCUGGACAAUUGGAAGGAAGCUCUCGCUGCUCUGCUGACCUAUGCUCACCCUGAAGAGUUUGCUUGUCUGUGCGAUACCCUGGGAAACCGGCUGGAGCAUGAGGGCACAGAGAAGCGCUGCCUGCAGGCCUGCUUGUGUUACAUUUGCUCUGGGAAUAUCGAGAAGUUAGUGGAGUGCUGGGCCUUGCAUAGAGAGUGCUCCUCCCCUCUGGGUCUAGAGGAUCUGGUCGAAAAAGUAAUGAUGCUGCGUAAAUCAAUUGAACGCCUCCGUAACAGCGAGGUGGCAGUUCAGAGCCCCAUCCUGGCCGAAAAGCUGACCUGCUACGCCGGCAUACUGGCCGCAGAGGGCAGCUUGACCACAGCCAUGAGCUACCUGCCUGACAAUUCCGACCAAUCUGGCAUCAUGAUGCUGAGAGAAAGGCUGUUUCAUGCUCAGGGUGAGGCUGUCCAGCAACAGCCUCCAAACUCAUUCAACAGAGGCGGUUUGCCCACAGCAAAGCCGAACCCUGCCGCUCAGACUCCGGCACCCAAAGCACAAAUUAUGCCGCAGAGUCAGUACCAGCCGUCUGCGCCAUCUCAGGUGGCUCCACAACAGCAAACUCCCCUCCCAUCCGUUUUUACUCCACAAGUUCCUUCACCCAACCAAGGGCACGGUCUGCCACCCUUUUCUCAUGUGAUGCCGCCCAGUGCGACCCGCCCUGCAAUGAGACCGUCCUACCCACAGCAUCCUUCCACCACUCCAGGUUUCACUGCUCAUCAACCAUUCCAGCCCCCCAUGUCCACUGGUGGAACCUUCCCUCCUCCAGGUCCAUCUAUGCCGGCGGCGAGCUUAUCGGGGCCUCAGCUACCAUCGCCAUCGAUGUCCCCUGGAAGCCUGCCCCCCAUGCCAAGUCCAGGGGUGCCAAGUUUCAUGCCAUCUACCUCUCUAUCUUCAGGCUUCAUGCCCCCUAACUCCCAACCAGGAGCCCCAGUUCCCAUGUACCCGGGGGGCGCCUCCAGCCAGGCACCGCCACAUCCUGUAACCUCCGGGCCCUAUACUCCUUUUACUCCACUGGGAUCUGGCUAUCCUCAGGGGGGGCCCGGAGCUCCCGCAGUGAAGCCUUUCCCGGCUCCGGCCGUAGCUCCUCCUCCAACAGGACCACAAGAGGGCUGGAAUGACCCGCCAACUGUACGUGGUGGACCCAGAAAGAAGAAGUUCCCUGAUAACUAUGCUCCACCAGCCCCCAUCACCGCUCCAGUAAUGGGUUUCCCGGUGGAGGCCUCACAGCCCCACGACCACACCCAAGUCCCCCCCGGAGCCCCUCAGGAGCCCAGCGUACAGCUCCUACAGCAGCUGCCAGCAGAGCGGGUGGAGCAGAAAGAAAUCCCAGCGGAGCACAUGGUCCUCAAAACCACCUUCGAUAGCCUGGUGCAGCGCUGCCAGCUCGCAGCCGGAGACCCCCAAACAAAAAGAAAACUUGAUGAUGCAGGAAAACGUUUGGGGCACCUAUACGAUAAGCUGAGAGAGCAGUCGCUCACUCACAAUAUCCUAAACGGGCUCCAUGAGAUCAGUCGCUGUGUGGCGAGCCAGAACUAUCAGCGGGGCCUGGAGGUCCACACGCAGGUGGUCAGCAGCAGCAACUUCAGCGAGAUCUCCGCCUUCAUGCCCAUCCUCAAAGUGCUCAUGACCAUUGCCAACAAGCUGGGUGUCUAACGCCCUGAAGACACCACCGAAUACACCUCAGUGUUACCACAUUGUUAAAUAUGUAUUUAUUUCUUUUUUUGACCUGAGGAAAUACAUGAAUGACGAGCAUAAUGGCUCAUGAGAUCAAAGAUUCUGGUUCUGGUCGGUCGUACAUGCUCCCUUUCGCAGGAUGUGGUUGAUUUGGGCACAGAGGUGGAUUUCUGUAGAUUUGUCGGUGUUGCUGUGAUCAUUUUACAAAAAGGUGAAUGUAUUCUGGAAGUUGUGAUCGAGUGUGAAUUCAGUAGUUGCUGUAUUACAAGAAGAAAGUGAUUUAACUGGAGGCUGUGGUCGUAUGAGUCGGUGCUUUCCGUCGUCCAUUGUGCUUAUUUUUCCUCUCACUCCCGCAGUUGUACAGAAAGUUUUCAUUAAACACAUGCAGCGCUCCAGCUGCAGAAACAAAAAAAAUCCAGGACCCCCACCUCCAGAAAUCAUAAGAAUAAAGUUUGCUUUGUGCUGACCAUCCUCUCUUUCAGUGUACUUUGUAUGAGGGAGGAACAGAAUGUGUCUCUAUAUCAAGUGUGAGAUGUCUCAUAAAGCAUCGAAAGCCGGUAUAAACACUGUAAGCUCUGGUUGUUUUCCUGCUGUAGAUAGAUUGCACUCAAUAAAUUAUGCCGAGGGGUUUUAGUCAGUGUUUUGGAGCCAAAGCACUGCAGAAGAAUGUUAGACUGUGAUUGUCAAGUGAUUUGUCUUUCAUUUUUCUGCCAACUUAACCCUCUACCAGCAUCUGCUCGGAGCUCUUUUUUUUUUCAUUUUCAACUGGCUUCAGUGUGCAUUUUUACCAUGUUAACUCCCAAACUGUGUUGAAUUCACGUUGUAAAGCAUAAUUUUAUUGACUUUGUGAAUUAACAUCCUUCCUGAACCAUUUAUGUAACCUCUGCCUCUGUAGUGGAUGCUGUUUCCCUCUUUCCAUGCAGGCAGCUUUUGUUAUGAAAUGAUUAUUGUAUUGGAUUAGAUCAAACAAUGAUACAGCUUAUAAUGAACUGAUGAGUCGGAGAGAAAAGGUUGAGAUGUUUGUAGCUGCUCGUGAAACUGAAUCAUUUGGUGUUGUGGCAGCAGAAGGCAGGAAAGUGCCUCAGUGUGCCUGUUUUGGUUGCACAGAUAUUUAUACAAUCCAUGUUGCUUACUUUACUCAUUUCGGUAUCUUUUUUCAAAUAAAGUUUCACAUGAAAUAUGUCUAAACUCUUCUAACACUGAAUUGUUCCUUGUUUGAUUUAAUAAAGGACGAUAUUUUUUAUUUUCUAUAAGUGGCUGUUCAUAGAUAGUUUCCAGCUCUCUCUUUUUAGCUCUCCUCUAUUGGAUUUAACUAUCUGCUUUUUGGAGUGAGCUGCCAGUAAUUUAUAUACCUUAACAUUUAGUAUUUGCAAAUUCAAAAGGAUAAUCUGAGGAAGUAGCAUUUAUUGAAGAGCUGAGCUGAAGUAAAGUAAAGAGUUAUCAAAAUGUCAUAUCAGGACAUCAUCGUGUGCUGUACUGAUGAACACAUCAGAGCUGUCAGUGAGGGUCUUGUAUUUAUGAGUUUAUCAGUAUGCGUGAUAAUAAACUGAUACCAACCUGUCCCGUUCAAAAUGACUAUUCUUCUCCAUGCCUAAUGUGUAGAAAAUGUCAGUUUCAUAAGCACAGACCAAACACGC